UUGAACGCAAUUUACGAACUGUCAUUUUCAUUAUCAUGGCGGAAGACGAGGACGGUGUAUCAAAUAAGAAAUCGGCCCAAAAUUCAAAUAAUGCAGGGUCUUCUCAGGACAACGAGCAGAACAGAACGGAUUUGCCAUACUUCCCCCGUUUACUAACCCCGGAAACUGACGAAGCGAAGUGUAAUAAUAGCGAAAACGGCGAUGCGUCGCCCGCUGAAGCAAAAAGUUCGUCUUCGAAGUCCACCGGGGCGACACGGAAGGAGGAGAACCCGUUUUCGUUCCGCCAUUUCCUGAAGCGCGACCUGUCGCUGCCGGGCACCUCGACGUACGAGAGCAAGGGCGCCCGGCCCAAGGUGUACGCGAGCACGGUGCAGCACUCGCCCACGCGGCCCGGCGCCGCGCGCGACCCCCAAGCCAAAGAGAGGAGCGCGGAGCCCCGCGCCGGUGAUAAUGCGUCUUCGAAUAGUUCCGGAGAGGCGUCUCAUAAUAGUGUAGGGGACGAUACCGAGGGCGAUCGGGACCCGUACGCGGCCGGCGCGGACCCGCAGCCGUACCGGGCCGGCCCGGAGCCGCCGGGCGUGCCCUCGCUGCCCGACUUCGUGCAGGAUCACAUACUGGUGGAGCAGGCCUACCUGAACUCUAACGGGCCGAUAUCGGUGGAUCUGGACAAUCUGCCGGAUUUUACGUUUAACACAAAUUACAACGCGGGAGGCGCCGGGUCGCCGGGGCGGCGGGGGCCGCGGAGUUACGGCGGGCGCGGGUACUCGGCGGCGGCGCGCGUGCCGCUCGACCUGCCGCCCGGCGCCGAGGGCGCGCCCGCCCCUGACGUGCCGCUCAGCCUGGACCUCACCGAGUCUGUGAACCCCGCCGACCGACGGAACAUGUCUCCCCGCGCCACAUUUCCGUUAGACCUGCCUCCCAAUGCUGGGGCAGAGUCCAUGCGGCUGCCAGACUUCCUGCCGGUGCACCCGGGACGGACUUCACCUGAACCAGAGCCAGACUUGCAGCCUUUGCUGCAGGAGUUGGAGAGGACAAGGACAGAGUUAAAUGUGGAGCGGCGGCAACGUGCGCGGCUCGAGGAGGAGCUGCGCGGCGCGCGCGCCGAGGCGCAGCGGGCGCGGCGGCGCGCGCAGGACGCCCAAGCCAUGGGCGAUGACUAUCGAGAAUCGCCUGAAUCAGAAUCAUUGGUUAAUCAAUUGAGGAUACAAAUCAGGAGGCUUAAGGAAGAGGUCGCGGCCGCGCAGGCCGAGGUGCGCUCCCUCCGGAGCGGCCGGGCGGGCGCCGCCGCCGAGCUGCGCGCCGCCGCCGACGUGGCCGAGGCCUCGCUCCGCGAUCUCCUAGCGGGCCUAGAUCAGGUCCGGAGCCUGAGCCGCACGCUGGACCCCACAUGACGCCACCAACGUUUGGGCUAGUGUGUGCCGUAUGGUAGUACGGGCCUACGGCCGCCCCCGGCGCGGCAUAUCACCCCCACACGCUCAUUGCAUCACAUACAUAGGUACAGACAAAUGUCAAAGUGACAGAAUGAAUGUUGACAAUUUGCGGUUUGUAUACCUUUGCUUUAAUACCCACCAUAAAAGUAUAGCCUAUCCGAUUAAUAAAAUCAAGAUCACCAUACAUUUACUAUGGCGUAGUUUAUUUAAUCUUAGAAAAACGGACAGCCUAUAAUAAUUAAAUUUAAAUUAAUUGAACAAUACAAAAACAUUUCAAAAUAGAAUGAAACAAAUAAAUAAAUAAUAUGAGGCAUCUUAUACCUAGCCCCAACUCCACAGUAACCAACGGCUUGGGUUUUAUGAUAUUUUAUUAUUUCAAAUAUAUAUUGUUGUAAUGAAUGUUAUAAAUUUCAGCCUUUGGGAGAAGGGAAAGUAAAAUACACUGACUGACUGUCCCGUAUUUACCUAAUGACAAGAUACUUUCUGGCAAGUGUUGCCAUUUGAACUUGUAACUUUAAAAAUACUCUCAACUGAAUAAAAAUGAAUAACACUGUAAACAGCACUCCGGUCUCCUGGGGCCUGACAAGAGUCUCGCCUUCACUCGCUCUAAAGCCGACCACUGAUAGUUAGGGAGGCGAGGUAGCUAAAUGGCGUAAUUCAACGGCGCCGUCGAGACCUAUCAAAAUCGAAAGAUAAAAUAAUUUCGAAAAGAAAAGCUCGUAUGGCAAAAACCAUUUUAGCGGUGGGUUUGGUGUGUACGGUUUUUCAAAAAUGUUAAAAAAAACAGUUACUUGGGCAUUCUCGAGCGCGUCAGAUAUUCAUACUACGUAUGCCCCGAGUGCCUCUGAUAACAACGGUAUACUAAUCUGCCGGUUUGCGUGGUGGGGGUAGGCAUAAAAAGUAGUCAAAAAUGCAAAAAAAGAAAAUUUACUCGAGCGCGUCAGAUUUUCGGAAGGGGUGUUAAGUAGGCCCCAAGGAAGCUUCCUUUAAAAAAACUGACGAUUUCGGCGUGACGAUAAGUGACGAUGAAUUUUUGAAAAUGCAAAAAAAAAAGUUUUUUUGAAAUACUCGAGCGCGUCAGAUUUUCAUAGGGGAGGUUUAUCUCGGUAUCCUGAAAGCAUAUUUUUUUAAUCUGACAAAAAUGUUGGUGGGUUCUCUUAAUCUGACCGAAAAAGGUUUUUUGGUUUGGUUUGGUUUCUUUUUUUUCCUUUCUUAUGUAAAGAGACCUUUUUUGUGUAAAAUAAAAUUACCUUUUUUGUUUAUUUAAACUUUUUUUUUGUAAAAUGUAUCGUUCGCGACUUAUAUCCCGCAGCGCAUUCUUAGGAAGACGAAAUGGCUCCUCCACACUUCCGGUCAUGCGGAAACCGGCAGAUUUUGUAUUUUUAGUCAGUUUUAGAUUAUAUUCUUCAAAAUAAAAAAAUAAAAAAUCGCGCUCGAGAAUGCCGGAUUAACGUUUUUUUUUUUACAAGUUCGCGACCCUAUAACUCGGCGGCGUCAAGGACUUAUCUUCAGAUUAGUUAAAUUUAGUCUUUAAACACUAAAAUCAACCCCCAAUAUCUUAAUCUGACGCGCUCGAGUAUUUCAGACUAUCCAUUUUUUUUUACUAAUCUGAUCGUCUAUCCUAGGCGCGCGUCACUACAUAUAGAGCUAAAUACUUUACAAGGUUGUUCUAUUAGGUCUAAGGUAUCUCUCAUAUCUUAAACUGCCACGCUCGAGUAUUGCCGAAAAUUCCCCUAUUCGCCUCCCUAACUAUGACUAACAGGCCGCCGGACGAUACCGGCCUGUCAGUUAGAACAAAAAUUUGACAGUUCCGAACAACUGACCGGCCGAUAUCGUCCGGCGGCCUGUUAGUCAGUGGUCGGCUUUAGAGCAAGACUUAUUCUUGUAAUCCAUUUAUAAUUAGCUGAAAUAAAUUAUAUGUUUUAUACAUAUUUGAUUCUCUACUCGUAGUACCAGUAGUGUUGUAUUCGCGCCUCAAAUUAUAUUUACUGUUGAAUGGAACGGAUACUUGUUUGCUUGAGAUGGAUUUUCUAUGGAAAGUUCUGGACUCUUCUCUUGGUCUUUACUCGUGUAAAACCAAUCAUACUAACAAUAUGCUUGGGGUCGACUUCAUAUUUGAAACGUAACGUUAUUCUUUUUGUUAUUUCAAACGGAAUCUCAUUGUGAUAGUUUUCAGAACAUAAAUUAUUAUAAAAAAACAACUAGCUGCUGCUAUUUAUCCGUGUAAUACUUUUGUAUAAAAUAUUUCUGAUCAAAAUACCUGUUAUAAAAGUAACUAUAGUUAAUAGUCAAAUAAUUGUGUAGGUACCUAAAAUACAGUGAGCUAGUAAAUAUAUUAAAAGAGUUAUAAAAAUAAAGUGGGUCUUACAAGUAAAUAAAUAUUAGGGGGGCAUCUUACACAGAUCAACCUAGCCCCAAACUAAGCAAAGAUUGUACUAUGGGUGCUAGGCGACGAUAUACAUACUUAUAUAUAUAGAAAACACCCAUGACUCAGGAAAAAAUAUUUGUGUUCAUCACACAAAUAAAUGCCCUUUACCGGGAUUCGAAUCCAGGGCCAUCGGCUACGCAGGCAGGGUCACUACCCACUAGGCCAGACCGGUCGUCAAGUAUAAUAACUGUGUUAUAAAUAUCGACUUUAAAUAUCUUUGUAUCAUAACGUUUCUUUAAUGUGUAUAUUUAAACAAAUGGUAACCGUGACAAUGUAAAUAGGUACAAGCGGACGGAUGAGGGAGGUUCAAUGUGAACGAUAAAGUAAUAUUAUUAUUAUAUAACAGUAAAAUUGCGAGUGAUAUAUCGAGUAAGUAUGUAUUUGUAGCUUAAGGCAGACUAUACGGUGAUUAUUGAUACGACGAUGCGAAAAACUUACCAUUGUGUUGCCAUUACAAUAAAAUUUUAUUAUUAGUGAUAAUGUUGCACCAAGCAAAAACUAUUUUUUUAUUACUAAAGUCGACCGGGGUAUUUUUUCGAGCAACAUGAAUUACAAGUCAUAUAGUGAUAACAUCGUGAGCUCCUUGGAAAUAUAAUGUAACAGAGGGCGUGGUAGGUAUUUGGCAUCUAAUAGUGCUCCCAUGCUGCAGAUAUAUAAAGUUACAUAACAUGAUGCAAGUACAUAUAACAUUAACUAUAGUCGAAGUCAUAAGUACCUUAAUCCAUUGCAAUAGGGUUGAAAAAGGUAGAUGUGAAUUAUGAAGUCGAGUGUAAAACUGGCGUUAGGCAUAUGACAUUAUAAAACUGCAGUGUGGAAGUAUAACAAGAUGCAAUCACCGUAUAGAGAAGGUAUUCUCCAGGCACUUGUGUCUUGUAUGGACGAGGCUUAUAUCCAGAAUAUAUGAAAUAUAUUUAUUGUAACAUUUACUUUUUAUACUUAACUUAUGCACCUUCCUUUAUAUGAUAAGCUAUGAUAGUUGUGUGUUUACCUAUUUUGCUCUUCUCAACUAAAUCAUUUUGACUAUAAUUUCAGUUUGUGCCUUACCUAGUAGAUAUUUUUUUAUCGUUCCUCAAUAAUAUUAUGUUCAAUGUCUUGUGUAUGGAAUUGUGAAGAUUGUUUAACGAUUAUUUUAAGACGGUUUGUUUCGAUGUACUCGCGGACGGAUCUUCCGGAAUAAAGAACUUACUUCGUUAAAA